CCCGCCUACCACCUGCUCCCAUCAUGAUGGCUUCAAAGUUCCAGUUUGUCGCCAAUACGCUCUCGCUCACGCUAAAAGUCGGCUGCACUAUCCAUCUCUUCCAGGAAUACGUCUACGAGUUUUGCGAAACCAAGGGCGAGUCAAUGCUCCCGACGAUACUGACGAGUUUUGACUUUGUUCACUGUGACAAAACGUAUCGUCACGGGCGAAACCUUGUAAUGGGCGAUUGUGUGGUGGCAUGCAAGCCCACGGACCCGGAGCACCGUGUGUGCAAACGAAUCACCGGAAUGCCGGGGUCGAUUAUCCAGAUCGAUCCCCUGAGCGGGUCAGAGUUGACGAAUGUGGAGUCGUCACUAGACAAGGAGGCGUUCAACAAGUACAUCCGCAUCCCUGAGGGUCAUGUCUGGGUCACGGGUGACAAUUUGUGCCACUCGCUAGAUUCACGAUCGUACUCGAUGAUGCCCCUCGGACUCGUCAAAGGCAAGAUCGUAGCCGCUCAGGACUUUUCCAAGUCAUUCUGGGGGGAUGAAGGCGGAAUUGGCUUCUGGGGGUUCCGAUGGAUCAAAAACAACUUUGUGGAAGAACCAUGGGAGGAAUAGGCAAUCGUCACCAAUGAAGUAAGAGGUAUGUACGGGGCCAGAUGCCAUAUUCGGCAUAUGGACGGUGUAUCGAAUGAAAUUCCAGGUCACUGGCAGACCAGUCAACUCGGCUGAUGGCUUACACGCCAAUGGUGGUCACCCAUUAGCCCCAGGAUGAUUAGUUAGACUAAUUUGUCAUUUAUUAUGAAUUAAUGAUAGUAACGAUAUCGAAGAUUUGCAUUAACUAUGGUACAGUAAGGGUGAUCCAAAGAAAAACUAUGGGUACGAGUUUUCUCUAAGUUUACCCGCAUUACGGGUGCGACCAAACCCUCGAUUCGUCCCCCUGAGAGAUUUGGAGAGCUAGCAUGUACCGUAUAUUGGUCGACAUGAUCCAUUUUAUAUCGAAAUUCUGUAACAGAAACCCUUGUUAAACAGGUAUUCAAGUUACAAGUUUUAGUUAUUACACUUUGACUUCCCG